AGGUAGUAGUAGAAGAUUCGAGAAGGGUCACUCAUGAUCACCAGGCCCUAGUAGAAGUCUCUAGUUAACAAGCAAAUUCUCUAUAACUCACUCUUUCUAUCUCUCUCCUCUUUUCAAUUCCAUAACAAGUAAACCCCUUUUGUUCAUUUCUUCCACAUAACUCUCGUAAAAACCCAAACCCUUCAUCUUCAAACUCCGAUCUUAUUAUGGCCGACGAAGCCAAAGCCAAAGGCAACGCCGCAUUCUCUUCCGGCGAUUUUUCAUCCGCCAUCCGUCACUUCUCAGAAGCCAUCGAUCUUUCCCCUAACAACCACGUCCUCUAUUCAAACCGAUCCGCAGCUUACGCUUCUCUCCAAAACUACACCGACGCUUUAUCCGACGCCAAAAAAACCGUCGAACUCAAACCCGAUUGGUCCAAAGGCUACAGCCGUCUCGGAGCCGCUCAUCUCGGUCUCUCUCAAUUUGACGACGCCGUUUCGUCUUACAAAAAAGGUCUCGAAAUUGAUCCUAAUAAUGAACCACUCAAAUCAGGUUUAGCCGAUGCUCAAAAAGCGGCUUCGGCCGCGGCUUCUAGGUCACGUUCUGCGCCGUCGGCUAAUCCAUUUGGUGAUGCUUUUUCCGGGCCUGAGAUGUGGGCUAAACUCACUGCUGAUCCUGCAACUAGGGUUUACCUUCAACAACCUGAUUUCGUGAAGAUGAUGCAAGAUAUUCAGAAGGAUCCAAAUAAUCUCAAUUUGUAUUUGAAGGAUCAAAGAGUUAUGCAAGCUUUUGGGGUUUUGCUUAAUGUUAAGAUUCGAAGCCCUGGUGAUGAAUUUGAUAUACCUGAGACUAAUUCGCCUUCGUCGGCUUCUUCUUCUGAGAGGAAGAGGGCCGCUGAAGCUGAGCCUGUUAAGCAACCUGAGCCGGAGCCGGAGCCGAUGGAAGUGGCUGAUGAGGAAAAAGAAGCAAAGCAGAGAAAGGUUGAGGCACAGAAGGAAAAGGAGGCUGGUAAUGCAGCGUAUAAGAAGAAGGACUUUGACACUGCGAUUCAUCAUUACUCGAAAGCUUUGGAAUUGGAUGAUGAAGACAUUUCCUUUCUCACUAACCGUGCUGCUGUGUACUUGGAAAUGGGAAAGUAUGAGGAUUGUGUAAAAGAUUGUGAUAAGGCUGUUGAAAGAGGACGAGAACUACGAUCAGACUACAAGAUGGUAGCAAGAGCUUUGACAAGGAAGGGUACUGCCUUGGGCAAAAUGGCAAAAUGCUCUAAAGAUUAUGAACCUGUCAUUGAGACAUAUCAAAAAGCACUUACAGAGCACCGCAACCCAGACACCCUGAAGAAACUUAAUGAAGCUGAGAAGGCUAAGAAAGAACUAGAACAACAAGAAUACUUUGAUCCAAAUUUGGCUGAUGAGGAAAGAGAAAAAGGGAAUGAAUUUUUUAAGCAGCAGAAGUAUCCUGAAGCUAUUAAGCAUUACACUGAGUCCCUAAGAAGAAACCCGAAAGAGCCUAAGACUUAUAGUAACAGAGCUGCGUGUUACACCAAACUGGGGGCAAUGCCUGAAGGUUUAAAGGAUGCAGAGAAGUGCAUUGAGCUUGAUCCAACUUUCACCAAGGGUUAUACCCGAAAAGGUGCUGUUCAGUUUUUCAUGAAAGAAUAUGAAAAGGCUUUGGAAACAUAUAAGGAGGGGUUGAAACAUGACCCCAACAACCAGGAGUUGCUUGAUGGCAUUGGAAGGUGUGUUCAACAAAUUAAUAAGGCCAGCCGUGGAGAUUUAAGUCCUGAAGAGUUGAAGGAGAGACAGGCCAAAGCUAUGUCAGAUCCAGAGAUACAGAACAUCCUUCAAGACCCUGUUAUGAGACAGGUAUUGGUUGAUUUCCAGGAAAAUCCUAAGUCUGCACAGGAACAUACCAAGAACCCAAUGGUGAUGGAGAAAAUCCAAAAGCUGAUCAGUGCCGGAAUUGUCCAGAUGAGGUAAAUUUGAUGGAAGGCGGCAGCUCUAGCAAAGAUGCAAUUGUCAAUUAUUCCUUGUGUGAUUUUGAUUUGAUAUUCGAAUAGAUUGGAUUGGAAGUAAAAUAGUCGGGAAAUUUUGACUUGUUAUGCUAAUGUUUUUGUGAAUUUUUAUGAUAUUCAUAACUAAAGUGCAAUUCAUUUUCGCAUAUAAUUGUUUCUGGGCA